UGUGGUAGAAAAGUAAUUUGGGGAAGUUGAAUUGUGGAGGAAAGAAUUCGCGGGUAGUUGUGGUUGGAAAGGAAAGGACAUUAGCUGCCAUCUACAACUAAUUUGAGAAAAAAAAAUAGAACACCUAAAAACUCUCCUGACCAGACCUCUUGUGUCAAUUGCCAAAAUAAUAAUGGGACUCAAAUUUCAUACAGAAAGAACAGAGGGAUAAGGAGAGGAAAUUUUGGUUGAAGCUGUAGCAUCUUCCUCUUUUCAUCUCUUUCGCAUCGUAUUCCCACUGUGUUGUGUGUGGCUGGCUUGAAUUGUUAAGGCAGAGGUUACUCUGCCUUAGCCACCCUCAGCAAUGGCAUUCCAGGAUUUCGACCAGAUAACUGAGCGCCGAAAGGCCGAGAAUGCCCGUAAGUUCAAGAGGAGGAUUCUCAUCGCAGUUAUUGCGGUAAUCCUCCUGAUUGGAAUUAUCGUUGGAGCCAUAUUCGUUGUGAACAAACUGAAGACGGACAAGGCAACCAAAAAAGCUAGCAAACCUGCUUCACCAUCACCAAAGAGAGACCGGCCAGAUAAUAAUGCACCCCCUCCAAACGAUAAGCCAGCAACUGCUAGCAAGAUUGUGGAGCAGAUGUGCGGAUCAACUGAUUACCAGGACAAGUGCAAGGAAGUCUUCUCAGUUAAGAAGGAACCUGUCUCCAAACCGAAAGAAGUCAUCAAGGCCAUCAUAUCUGGAGCAUCAGAUGAGGCCAAGAGUGCCUUUACCAAAGCCGGCGAGCUCAGUUUUGAGAAAGAGGAAGAGAAGCAAGCCUUUGAGGAUUGCAAGACACUCUUUGAUGACGCCAAGGAAGAACUAGAAGAAUCAGUGUAUCAAGUUGGCAACACUACCAGUUCUGGAAAAAUGAGGAUUGGUCUCAUGAACAGUUGGUUGAGUGCGGUCAUAUCGUAUGGGCAAACAUGCAUAGAUGGGUUUCCUGAUGGAGAUGCAAAGUCUAAACUAACCAAGACGUUGGAGGCCACCAAGGAGCUCACUAGCAAUUCCCUUGCUGUGAUUUCACUACUUUCCGAAGUAAAGGUACCUGGCACUGAAGCAUCAUCAGGUUCAUCACGUCGUCUUCUGGCACAGAACAAGGAUGGCUUUCCUUCCUGGCUGACCCAUGACGAGCGAAGGGUGCUGAAGAGAAACGAUGAAAAGCCCACACCUAAUGUCACCGUGGCGAAAGAUGGCAGUGGAAACUACCAAUCUAUUAGUGAAGCAUUGUCGGCCAUGCCUGAAAACUACGAAGGAAGGUAUAUCAUCUAUGUCAAAGAAGGAGUCUAUGAUGAGAGUGUGACUGUGACAAAGAAGAUGCCAAAUGUUACCAUAUAUGGUGAUGGAUCACAGAAGAGCAUCAUCACUGGGAAUCAGAACACUGCAGAUGGAGUUAGAUUUUUGAAAACUGCAACUUUUGUGGCCAUAGGAGAAGGUUUCAUUGCAAAGUCCAUGGGAUUCAGAAACACAGCUGGUAGUGCCAAGCAACAGGCAGUGGCAGCCAGAGUCGUAGCAGACCGUGCAGUAUUCCUCAACUGCCGAUUUGAAGGGUACCAAAACACACUGUUUGUACAGGCUCAUAGGCAAUUUUAUAAAAGCUCCGUUGUUUCUGGCACCAUUGAUUUUAUCAUUGGUGAUGCUGCUGCUAUCUUUCAGAACUGCUUAAUUUAUAUCCGGAAACCUCAGGAAAACAACUCUAACACAGUUACAGCCCAAGGAAGAACGGACAAACGUGAAACCACGGGAAUAGUGUUGCAAAAUUGCAAAAUCUUACCGGACAAAGAUUUUGAGUCUGACAAAUCUCAAUUUAAGAGUUAUCUUGGGAGGCCGUGGAAGGAGUACUCAAGAACCAUAGUGAUGGAGUCUACAAUAGACAAUGUGAUUGACCAAGAAGGUUGGAAAGAGAUGGAUGGAGAUUUCGGAAAAAAGACUCUAUUUUAUGGUGAGUAUAACAACAACGGAGACGGGUCCAAGACUGAUAACAGAGUAAAAUGGCCUGGUGUCAAGGUACUCAACAAGGAUGAGGCUAUGCAAUUUACCGUAGGUCCUUUCUUGAAAGGGAAUGCUUGGCUCAAGAAUAACAAUGGUGUUCCUGUUCGAUUUGGCCUAUUUGAUAACUAGCUAAGGGCUUCAUUUUCAUAUACCAAAGUGAUCAGAAUUUCAAGAAAGAUUCGUGGAAGCAUAUGUGUGUCGAACGUAACUGAUGUUGUCAAUUUUUCUUAUAUCAGACGGAUGAUCAUCCAGGCAGAGAAAUUGACAUCCUGUUGUAUCUUGCUACACACUAAUAUACAUUAGCCUUACCAUAAAAAUGAUUACGUGCAACAGAUGUUCGUUUUGUAGAAACCUAAGAAAUGCUAGCGAGGUGGUACUCGUACUCAAACAUUGGAUGCUAGGUUUCGGAGUUUUCAGAACUUUGUCACAAAGGGUUGUAAGUUGAAAGAGUGUAUUUUGUUGCUGCAAAGUAGAAAAUGGAUCCUCAUUUUUCUACUUUUUUGUUUUGUUGGUAAAGCUCAGUUUCAAUCAAAAUCCCAGUUUUCUCUCUCUUCUGUGUUUUAAGUUCAACAACAAAAACACGAGAUAUAAUAACCCUUGGAUUACAAUACAAGGU